UCGGGGGGAACGAAACAUUGUGUCAGUGGUCCACACGACUGAAUAUUCAUGUAACUUCCGUAUUUCCGGUGAAGGCUAAACACCAGCACGUUUAGCAAGACCGUUUGAAACACACGGAUUGACAUAUAUUUCGAGUUACUUACGUCGAGGUCUCAUACCUGUAUCAGCCAUCAUGACAGACCGCUACAAUAUCCACAGCCAGCUAGAGCACCUGCAGUCUAAAUACAUCGGCACGGGCCACGCGGACACCACUAAGUGGGAAUGGCUGGUGAACCAGCAUAGAGACUCCUACUGUUCCUACAUGGGCCACUUUGACCUGCUCAACUACUUCUCCGUCGCCGAGAAUGAGAGCAAGGCCCGUGUGCGCUUCAAUCUGAUGGAGAAGAUGCUGCAGCCCUGUGGGCCUCCUUCUGACAAACCUGAUGACGCUUAGCCAGGGAGCGGAGAGGGCCGUUAAGGGUAGUGCUGGCAUGCCAGCCAUGUGGGAUGGCUGGAGGAGGUCUGUCCAGAUGAAUAUGUCAGUUUUGAGUGUGUAGCUCCUCAGUCAGAUUCAGUGUGGACCGAUGUUUGUACAUAAGAUCACUGUGCUCGUCUUUUUUUAUGUCAAAAAGAAUUUUCUUUUUCAGUAUGCUGAGGAUGUUCAUGACGUUGCAUCUUUUCUGAAAUAAAUUUUGAAGUUGAAAGUUU